AUGCUUGAAUUACGUUUGAAUGUUUCCUAUUCUUUUCUUAGAUUUAUUAAUAAUGACCAGUAUAAUAAAUCAUUAGAUUUACUCAUUAUCAAUGUUUCUUUCUUUCUUUCUUUCUUUCUUUCUUUCUUUCUAUCUAUCUAUCUAUCUAUUUCUUUCUAUCGAUCUAUCUAUCACUUUCAUUUGAUCAUUAUCUCUCUCCAUGUUUAUCUAUAUAUCGCUUUCAGUAUGACGAUUAUCUAUCUAUCUAUCUAUCUAUCUAUCUAUCUAUCUAUCACAGUUUCGUCAUUUCUAUCUAUCUAUCUAUCUAUCUAUCUAUCUAUCUAUCUAUGUCAUUCAGUUUCAUCAUUAAAUGUCUGCCUGUCUGUCUAUUUAUCUCUCUACUGUUUAUGUGGAUGUUUGGUCCAAAUCGAUGCAGAAAUUGUCCAUAAUCAUUUUUGUUGGCCUUUUUCCGAGCGAUUUUUCUCUGGUCAACCAUAG